AUGGAUGCUCAGCCUGGGAUUCAAGCUUCCCUACAAACGCUGAGUCACGUGACACCAGCGGCUGCUUUGAAGCUCCGAUAUUACGACCAACAACAGCAAUUGCAAAUCGCCACGAGACGCUUAGCCGAUGAUGCCAAGCUCUCCCACUCUCGCCGCCUGUGUCCUCUGCGCCUCCUGUGCCUCGGAGCCUCGCCCUACCCCGCGUCGCUCUACCCUGCCUCGCCCUACCCUGCGUCGCUCUACCCUGCGUCGCCCUACCCUGCCUCGCCCUACCCCGUGUCGCUCUACCCUGUGUCCCCCUACCCUGCGUCGCCCUACCCUGUGUCCCCCUACCCUCCGUCGCCCUACCCUGCGUCGCUCUACCCUGCCUCGCCCUACCCCGCGUCGCUCUACCCUCCGUCGCCCUACCCCGCGUCGCUCUACCCUGCGUCGCCCUACCCUGCGUCGCUCUACCCUGCCUCGCCCUACCCCGCGUCGCUCUACCCUGUGUCGCUCUACCCUGCCUCGCCCUAA